AUGGAGAGAAGAGCUCGUGAGUCCCAACUACAACAAUCACCUGCAACAUUUGGCUAUGGUAAUUUUGGAUAUAAACAACACUAUGGAGGAGGAAGUGGUGGAUAUGGACAACAUUAUGGAGGAACAACUGGAUAUGGUGAAAUUCCUCAUUAUGGACGAAGUGGUGGAUCUGGAACAAGUGGUGCAUAUGCAGGAGUGCAGCAAUUCGGUGAUAGCAGUGGAUCCAAUACACAUGGUGGAUAUGGAGGAAUGCCAGAACAUGGAGGAAGUAAUGAUAGUCUACCGGAAUACUAA